AUGACCAGUCACUGUUCUCCAUCAACCCCAACUUCGGCACCAUCACUCCUGAUAAGAGAUGAGGAAAUCAGCUACAACAAAAAUCUGUUUUGCAUUCCUAAGCAUUAUGAAGAGGAUUUAGAAACAGUCUUCAUUCCUCAUGGACUCAUCCUGGACAGGACAGAGUGUUUGGCUCGAGAUAUCAUGCAAGACAUGGGAAGUCAUCCCAUUGUUGCACUCUGUGUCCUUAAAGGAGGCUAUAAAUUCUUUGCUGAUUUGCUGGACCAGAUAAAAGCACUGAAUCAAAAUGGUGAUAAAUCUGUGCCCGUUACCGUGGAUUUUGUCAGAAUAAAAAGCUACUGUUCACCUGCAGAAAAAAUCAGUUUUAUUGGAGAGGAGCUGUCUACACUAAGUGGGAAGAAUGUGUUAGUAGUAGAGGACAUUAUUGAGACUGGUAGAACAAUGAAAGCACUGCUUUCAAAAAUAAAAGACAAGAAACCAAGGAUGGUGAAAGUUGUAAGCCUGCUCGUCAAAAGGACAUGUCAGAGUCCAGGUUACAGACCAGACUAUACAGGCUUUGAAAUCCCAGAUCAAUCUGUGGUUGGAUAUGCUCUUGACUACAAUGAAUACUUCAGAGAUCUAAAUCACAUCUGUAUUUUGAAAGAGAACGCCAAAGAGAAAUACAGGAUGUGA